AUGGGUCGUGUUUUCCUGAUUGAGCCGGUGGUUGGUGUGUACGCCUUUGCCAUGUUCAUGACCUACCCACUGGUCCAGCAGUACGUGUACCGGCGCCAGUGGGAGAAGAUCAUCGGCUCUCCCUACCCGACCGUGCUCAACAUCUCACACUGCGGAGGCAACCUGAGCACUCAGCAUGGGGCGAGCCUACAGGAUGUGCAGAGGGAGACGUCUGUGUUCCUCCUCCACAGCGAGCUCUCCUUCAUCCUCCCCAGCCUCGUCGUCUCCCUGCUGCUCCUGGCCUGCAGCGACUUCUACGGCCGCAAGGUGGCCAUGGUCCCGCCCCUGCUGGGCGACACCAUGUCCGUGCUGGCCUACGCCACCGUCAGCCGCUACUCCCUGGACCUCCGCUACCUCCUCGUGGCCUCCUUCGUCCGAGGGCUUCUGGGGGGUCCGUCCCCGCUGUUCGGAGCCUGCUUCGCCUACGUGGCCGACCGCUGUGGCUCGGGGAAGCUCGGGGAGAAGACCACGCGCAUGGCUCUGCUGGAGAUGCUGCUGGGCGUGCAGUCGGGCUUCGCGUCCGUCUGCACGGGAUUCUACAUCCGUCUGGCCGGCUUCACCUGGCCCUUCCUCACCGUGGCCGUGCUCCACGUCCUCGUCCUCGCCUUCGUGCUCUUCGUCCUGCAGGAGUCCCUGGUGCCGGUCCUCCCGCCCGCCCCCUUCACCAGCGCCCAGGCCCGCGCGUCGCGCCUGAAGACCGUGGCCUCCCGCCUGCGCGGGGUCGGGCUGCUCUUCUCCGCCGCCCCAAACGGCGACGCCGUCACGCUGACGCUCACGCUGGCCGCCUUCACCUUCUACAACAUGGCGAUGCUAGGCGGCAUGUCCCUCUUCAUCCUGUACGAGCUGAACGCGCCGCUGUGCUGGGACGAGGUGAUGGUGGGCUAUGGCGCGGCGCUCUCCUCUGCCAUGUAUCUGGGCAGUUUCGCCGGCGUCAGGCUGCUGUCGGGCUGCAUGGAGGACGUGCACGUGGUGCUCCUGGGGCUCGUCUCCCUCACCGUCGGCUUCUUCAUGGCCGCAUUCGCCAAGACCACCCUGCUCAUGUAUAUGGUGAGGGUCCCGCUGCUCCUGUCUGUCAUGCCUUUGCCACUGAUGCGCUCCAUAAUGUCUAAGAUGGUCACAAGCUCUGAGCAAGGUGCUAUGUUUGCCUGCGUGGCCUUCAUGGAGAUGGUGAGUGUGGCCGUGUCCUUCCCCAUGUUCAGCAGCACGUAUGCGGCCACCGUCUCCUGGUUCCCCGGCUUCAGCUUCAUCCUGGCAUCGGCCAUCACUCUCAUCCCUGUGACCUUCAUCUGUGCUGUUCGGCGCCUGCAGAGGGACGUCCCUGAGGACACCAGUCAGCUGAUUACAGAGGAACCAGAGGAAAGCCUGUCUCUUCCACAACAGGAAGUGAGGUCGUGAUGCCUCAGUUCAAGGAUGGACUGAUGACAACAUGCUUCUAUUUCUGAUGAGCCUUGAGCGCUUGCAUUAAGACUUGUUUGGGGGAGAGGACAACAACUGAGGGAUUUAAGAGCUAUACUGUGCAAGCACAUUCUUACUUGAAUAUAUUCACUGAUAUCAAAUUAUACAUGUAUUAUACAUAUAUAUAUGUGUGUGUGUGUGUGUGUGUAUACAAAUCAGGAGUGUAUGUAGGCACAUACAUUGUUCACACAAAUUAUACAUUAUAUAGCAAUCCUUUAUCAAGGAAAUCGCACGAUUUCUCAAGUACAUUGUCCACUGAUAUACCAAGAUACACCCUCACCUCUUACCCGCUUGCCUCCUAAGCACACCUGGUUGAGAUCAGAGUGACUGAAAUACUCUCGAUUAGACAUAUCAGGUGUGUUCCUAGUGUUCAAGAGUGCAGGUAUCAGAGCAGGGAGAGUUGGAACGCAUGCAGUACAGCGGGAGUGCUGGAGCUGAGGACUGUGAGACUCAGCUUUAAAUGAUCAGGAACUGGUCACUAUGGAAUCCAGUCUUUCAGUUCUGACCAAACCAUAGCAAAACACUCUCACACUAUCCCCGCAGGAAAAAUACAUUUUGUUGUUGAUGUUUAGUUACUGGUCACUAAGGCAGACCCUCUGGUUACCACCCAACAGAGAGAGGCGGGAUUUAGCCUUGCACUCGUCAGCAGGAACCAGCUCCAGGACGGUCUCAGAAGUGUGCCCCUUUCGGCCAUCUUUGAGAAUCUAGGUUAAGACCCUUUUGUUCUGGUCAUCUUGAAGAGGAGCCAUGGGGCUUGCACUUCGCUAUGCCUUCACUGCUUAGCUUACCGCACUGCACAUUUUCAUUUUUUAUGUCUUGUAUUUUCAAACAGUAUGUGAAGGUAAUGCUAAUGUAUAUACUAUGAAUGUUCUCAUGUGUGUUAAGAUACCAAUGUGUGUCUGAAUCACCCUUUCAGUAAAAUUGUCUUGCCUUGG